ACUACGAGAGCCAGUGACGAUAUCACUGGUACCACAUCAAUAACAGCGAAGUGAUUUGAUAGCCCCCCCUGCAAAUGGCCGGCAAGGACGUCGCCGCGAAGACUACCACCGCUGAGCCGAAGAGCGUGGAGCGGCGGCUAUGGCGCGUGACUCGCGCCGUUCUCUACAUGCUGCGGCGUGGCGUGCUGCCGUCCGGGCGUACGCCUGCCAUGGACAUCCGCCGCGGCAGGAUCGCCGGCAAGGCCCUCAGCGGCUUCGUCAGCUUCCACCGCCAUGCUGCCACCGCUCGCUCUAGCUCCGUAGCAGCGAGGCGACGAUACGACGGCGAGGUCGCCGGCUACUACAACAACAGCUACGACGCGGCUGACAUCGCCAGGGUGUUCGAGAUGCUCAACGACAGCGGACACCUCUUCGACGACGAGGACGCGCUAGGGAGGGCGACGCCUUCUCCCGCGCUGCAGACCUUGGGGUGCGGCGCGGCGGCGGCCCAGCUGCGCGUCACUGGCACGCCGUUCGCGUCAAGCGAGCACCAGCAGGUGGACAGGAAGGCCGACGAGUUCAUCAGCAGGUUCUACGAGCAGCUGCGUGCGCAGCAGAGCCUCGCGGCCACGCCGGACUACUACGGCUACGCUGCAAGGCCGGUCGCCGCUUGAUUUAGAGCUUUAGCGCACGACUGCUCGAGGCGGCCGAUCCGGUCGCCCGGCAGGGUAGCACAGCGUCCCCAUGUCUUCGGAAGUUCCAAAUUCCCCCUCCAUCCAUCCAUAAAAAAUGUCGAAGAUUUAUCUAAAUUGGACGUAUCUAUACAAUAAAACGUAUAGAUACAUCUAAAUUUAAAUAAAUUAAUUUAUGAUAUUUUUGUGGUCAGAGGUAGUACAUACAAGCGUACAGGUUACGCAGUUCGCAUCUUGGUGGCACACUGUAAUAAUUUGUGGCCAGUUAUCAGCAUACAGCUAUUUGCCUGUAGUAUGUCUUUUGAAUGAAGUCAUUACUUUUCCGGCAUUUUCCACAGCACACAAAAUGGACGACUACUGUAGCAGAAACUAAACGAAAGGGGAAUCAGGAGGAAGCCUUGACAGAAAAGACUAAGCAAAUGGCUAAGGAUUACUACUUUCAUCGACUUGGGCGAAGAGAGGUUUUUGCCAUCGAUCAUCGGGAUCUUGCAG